AUGUGGAACUCUUUGCUCGCUUUGGGCCUGCUGGGCUCAUUGCCCUUGGCUUCAACAUCCGCGCUUCCCCGAGGUGUAGAUAUCCUGCCGCGAGCACAAUCCUCGCAGGCAACGCCUCAUGCGCUCUCGUCGGCCACCCCGGCUCCAACCCGGUCUCAUCCCGUGUCUUUGCCGCAUUCUUCGUACACAGGAAGUGCAUCCACGACCGGGGCCUUGACUGCUUCAUCUAUUGGCAAGGGCAUCUCUGAGGUGUCAAUUGCACCUUCGGCUACAACCUACCCCAGCGAUGGAAAGCUGCACAACCCGGAGCCUGCUCCGUAUGUCCCUGCUGGGGGCGUGGGUACCAGUGGCAGUAUCCCCGUCUACAACGUUCGCAGCGACUUUGACUACGAGUCUUUGGCUCUCGCACUCUACCAAGAGUGGAUUGAACUAGACCUCUUCCAGGACGGUCUCCGGCGCUUCACCGCAGAUGACUUCAGCGCCGCCAACCUCUCUGCGUCCGACCGCGAGUUGAUCGCCUACAUGUCGCUGCAAGAGGAAGGCCAUGCCACGCUGGUCAGCAACAUGCUCGGCGCUGAAGCGCCCCAGCAAUGCGCCUACGAGUACCCCUACACCAACGUGGCGGAGUUCAUUGACUUCACCCAAAAGUUGACCCGUGUCGGCGAAGCAGGCGUCUACGGAUUCCUCGCCCACCUCGACUCGCGCGAGGCCAGCAACCUGCUGACCCAGUCCAUCAGCGUCGAGGCGCGCCAGCAGUUCGUCUUCCGACAAUUCCAGGGCCUGCACCCGAUGCCCGAGUGGUUCGAGGUCGGCAUCCCGCAGUCGUGGGCCUGGACGCUGCUCGCGCCGUACAUCAGCUGGUGCCCAGCCAACCAGACGCGGCUCGCGUGGCAGAACUUCCCUGCGCUGACGAUCACGGAUCAGCCCACCGUUGCGAAGGCGGGCCAGCGCGGGAAUGUGUAUGAGAAUAACACGAUCACCCCCGGUACGAACGUGGCCAAGGCGGACAGCGGCAGCUCGGGCUCGGGCUCGCCAAGCAGUAGCAACGGCGGCGCGUCCGUGGCGACGGACAACCAUUUGCCCCUCUCCUACCCCGGCCGCCAGGUUGGUUUCACCUGGGAUGCCCCCGGAAAGAAGGUUGGGCCGAACAACAGCUACGUCACGACGACGCAGGCUGGCGAUCCCAAGUACGUGAUCUGGGUGUCGCAGCUGAACGUGACUUACACGACUCUGCGGAGUAACGGAAGCCACGGCGUUACUGUUCAGCCGGACGUGGAGGCUUACAUGGGCGAUCCCUUGAUCAACGGCACGAUCUUCGUGGCGCUGACUGAUGCGGCGCCACCCUUAGUCCGUUCAACAUUAGCUUGA